AUAUACGAUCUCUUUAGGACAUAACCCACCGAGAGCACCCAACCCAACAAGUUAUAAAAAAACAACAAAAAACAAAACAAGAAGAAAGAAGGCGGCGGGGAAGAAGAAGAGGUGAAGAAAUCGAAGGCCAAAGAGAUGGAACAAGAGAGUGGUUAUUCGGACAAGGUUUUGUACUCCUUCCUCGCCGGAAACGACGUCGUCAUCGGCGGCGGAGAUCACACGUCGACGACCAUGCAGAGCUUCUGCGGCUCAUCGUCGUACUAUCCUCUGGCGAUCUCAGGCGUCGGAGAGACGAUGGCUCAGGACAGAGCUCUGACGGCUCUAAGGAAUCACAAGGAAGCUGAGAGAAGGAGGAGAGAGAGGAUCAAUUGCCAUCUCAACAAGCUCAGAAACGUUCUCUCCUGCAAUUCCAAGACAGACAAAGCCACAUUGCUGGCAAAAGUGGUUCAGCGCGUGAAGGAACUCAAACAAGAAACCCUAGAAAUCUCCCGCACCGAAACCCUACCCUCGGAAGCUGACGAGGUCAGUGUAUUACACUUUGGAGACUACUGUUCCAACGACGGUCGAAUCAUCUUCAAGGCCUCUCUUUGCUGCGAAGACCGGUCUGAUCUCUUACCAGAUCUCAUGGACAUGCUGAAGUCUCUCCAGAUGAAAACGCUUCGAGCCGAGAUGGCGACACUCGGCGGCCGGACAAGAAGCGUUCUGGUCGUAGCCGCCGGCAAGGAACACGGCGUCGAGUCCGUGCAUUUCCUCCAGAACGCCCUCAAGUCGCUGCUCGAACGGUCGAGCAAGCCGUUGAUGGAACGCUCUGGCGGCGCCGGUGGUGGAGAUCGAUCGAAACGACGUCGUGCUUUGGAUCGCAUCAUCAUGGUUUAAAUCAAUGAUAUAGGGCUUAAUAAAUUAAUAAAAAACCUUUUUUAUUUUUAUGCUUUGGUUUAUCUCCAUUAAUAUAUAUAUAUGUAUAAGUUGUGUGUGCUGUAAGUAGGUUUGGUACGUGUUUUGUUAGAAGAAAAAGAAAAAGAAAACAAAUUAUAAUAUAUAUAUAUAUAUAUAUAUAUGGAUUUUAGGUUUUCUCUUUCCUUUUUUCCCCUUUUUUCGGUAUGUGGAAUAUCUGGUGAGGCGCAGAAGAAUCUAAGAGACAGAUGUGAUUGGUGAAGUUUGAAGGACAUAUAUACAUGCAUGCAUGCAAUACGUAUAUGUACAUGCAUAUACAUAUAUACGAGAAAAAUCGAUGUAUGUAUGUAUAUGCAUAGUUGUGUCCUUGACGGGCUGAUGUUUGUAGAAUCUUUUGUGAAUUUUGGAAAGAAAAAAAAAAGGGUUGUUUGUUUUUCUGUGAGUUUCAAAGUGAUAUUAUGUCA